AUGUUUAACUCGGUCAACCUGGGCAACUUCUGCUCGCCGUCGCGCAAGGAGAGGGGCGCUGAUUUCGGCGAGCGAGGGAGCUGCGCCUCCAACCUCUAUCUGCCCAGUUGCACUUACUACGUGCCCGAGUUCUCCACGGUCUCCUCCUUCCUGCCCCAGGCCCCCUCUCGUCAGAUCUCCUAUCCCUACCCGGCCCAAGUGCCCCCGGUCCGGGAGGUCUCCUACGGCCUGGAGCCCUCCGGCAAGUGGCACCACCGGAACAGCUAUUCCUCCUGCUAUGCGGCGGCCGACGAGCUCAUGCACCGGGAGUGCCUGCCUCCUUCCACCGUCACCGAGAUCCUCAUGAAAAACGAAGGCUCCUACGGCGGCCACCACCACCCCAGCGCCCCGCACGCCGCCCCCGCCGGCUUCUACUCUUCAGUCAACAAGAACAGCGUCCUGCCCCAAGCCUUCGACCGUUUCUUCGACAACGCCUACUGCGGCGGCGGCGACGCGCCCGCCGAGCCCCCCUGCCCGGGCAAGGGGGAGGCCAAGGGGGAGCCCGAGGCGCCCCCGGCCUCGGGACUGGCGUCCCGGGCUGAGACGGGGACCGAGGCCGAGGCCGAGGAGGAAAACACGAAUCCCAGCUCGUCCGGUUCAGCCCACUCGGCGGCCAAGGAGCCGGCCAAGGGAGCCGCCCCCAACGCCCCCCGCACCCGCAAGAAGCGCUGCCCUUAUUCGAAAUUCCAGAUCCGGGAACUGGAGCGAGAGUUUUUCUUCAACGUGUAUAUCAACAAAGAGAAGCGGCUGCAGCUGUCCCGGAUGCUGAACCUGACGGACCGACAAGUGAAAAUUUGGUUUCAGAACAGAAGGAUGAAAGAAAAAAAACUAAGCAGAGACCGGCUGCAGUAUUUCUCGGGAAAUCCUCUGCUGUAACCGCAGACCGGGCCCUUUGGGGGGGAGGGGAGGAAGGGGGAAAUUAUUUUAUUUUAUUUUUAUUUUUUAUUUUCUAACUCGCCUUCUUUCCGCGGGUGGAAAACUGGACUGUGGCCAGGGCUGGCCCCCACUGCCGUUGCCCGCACUUCUUUCCGGAAUCUCCUUCACCUUGGUCUGACUCAAUGUGGGACAGGGACCGGGCCUGGAAAGGGGGGUGAAGGAAAGUGUCCGACCCACGGCGAGUGGACACCGUUGGCGCGGAGGCCAAGAAUCUGUAUUUAAAAGAAAACACACCUCGCGACAGUGUCUUGCUGCUCGGAUUGGGUGGGGGAGGGGCCAGAGUCGUGGGCGCCUGAGCCGAACAAUCCUUGAACUGAAAGCCUUCUUCCCUUGCCCAAGUGAGAAGAUCUGCUAGGACACCGUGUCUGCGAGGGGAGACUUCCCAGGCUCCCCUUCCCUACCCCACCUCGCCCCACUGCUAGGGGGCAGCUAAAUGUGAUCCCGCCUUGCUGUGAAAUGUCUGUUCCUUUGACCUGGUGUUAGGUGUGCAAAGUCGUGUCCUACCUCCGUCUGCGCCCAGGCCCCGCCCGAGCCUAGCUGGUCUCCCCUUGAAAGUGUAGAGCCCUCCUUUAGAGAUUUCUUAACUGGUGCAUUGAGGUUUCCUAACCUUUUUCCAAGCCGUGCCCCACUCCGUGAAUUUAUAGCUAUCGUCUAUGCAUUUGUUACCUCCCUUUUUUUUUUUUUAAGAAAAAAAAAAAAAGAUUGGGGUGGAAGAGGCAGUAGGGAGAUGGGAUUGGGCGCCUCCCCCAUGCUGGGGCCUGAAUUUUUGUAAAUACAUUUCAUAAGCAUUUUCUUCUCCCCGGAGGGGAUGUGGGGAGGCCUUGCCUGGAAUGAUAUUAGAAUCACCCAUCUCCCUGUGCGUGAGUGCGUGUGUGUACGUGUGCAGUCCCCACCCAGCUCCCGUCCCAGAGGGAUUGCUGUGAUUUUUUUUUGAUGGCAAAUAAAGAUAUUUC